CCUCCCUUGCAGUCCCCGCCUGGAGCCCGGCGCCGCCGCCGUGACGCGGGCAUGAGCCUGCCCCGCGGCCCAGCCCAGCCAGCGCCCCCGGCCCGGGCCACGGCACCCAGUCGGCGCCUGGCGGAGGAACUGCUAGAACAAUGCUGAGGCGGGCGAGGUGAGGCACAGCCAGGAGGCAGCCCAGCCCGACAGUGUCUCGAACAGGUGAUCGGAGCAGCCGGAAACAGAGGCCACCUGGGCACCCCUCUCCUUGCCUCCGCCAGGCCCGGGCGCCCCAGAGACGGCGGGGAAACUAUGGCGACCAAUUUCAGCGACAUCGUCAAGCAAGGCUAUGUGAAGAUGAAGAGCAGGAAGCUCGGGAUCUACCGGAGGUGCUGGCUGGUGUUCCGGAAAUCCUCCAGCAAAGGGCCCCAGAGGCUGGAGAAGUAUCCAGAUGAGAAAUCAGUGUGCCUUCGAGGCUGCCCCAAGGUGACUGAAAUCAGUAAUGUCAAGUGUGUCACCCGGCUCCCCAAGGAGACCAAGAGGCAGGCGGUAGCCAUCAUAUUCACUGAUGACUCGGCGCGUACCUUCACCUGUGAUUCGGAGCUGGAGGCGGAGGAGUGGUACAAGACACUGUCUGUGGAGUGUCUGGGGUCCCGGCUCAACGACAUCAGUCUGGGAGAGCCUGACCUCCUGGCCCCAGGGGUGCAGUGUGAGCAGACAGACCGCUUCAACGUCUUCCUGCUGCCUUGCCCCAACCUGGACGUGUACGGCGAGUGCAAACUGCAGAUCACCCACGAGAACAUCUACCUCUGGGACACGCACAACCCCCGCGUGAAGCUCGUCUCGUGGCCUCUCUGCUCACUGCGCCGCUACGGCCGGGAUGCCACACGCUUUACCUUCGAGGCUGGCCGGAUGUGUGAUGCUGGGGAAGGGCUCUACACCUUCCAGACACAGGAGGGGGAACAGAUCUACCAGCGGGUCCACAGCGCCACCUUGGCCAUCGCCGAGCAGCACAAGCGGGUCCUGCUGGAAAUGGAGAAGAACGUGAGGCUGCUGAACAAGGGCACGGAACACUACUCGUACCCCUGCACGCCCACGACCAUGCUUCCCCGUAGCGCCUACUGGCACCACAUCACGGGCUCCCAGAACAUCGCCGAAUCCUCCAGCUUUGCCGGUGAGGGGUAUGGGGCAGCCCAGGCCAGCUCAGAAACGGACCUCCUCAACAGAUUCAUCCUGCUAAAGCCAAAGUCCACCCCGGGGGAGAGCAGCGAGGCCAAGACCCCAUCACAAUGACAGCAGGUCUGGCGUGCACCGAUGACUGCAGAGGGCUGCCUGUUGCAGGGCUGACUGCAGCGUACUAAGGACAGCCUCGAAGGGCUGUUGGCCAGGAGCCCGCAGUGGAGCAAGCCGUACCCCCCCUUGCCCCAAAGGGUGAGGCUGGACCAAGGCAAAGGGCUGGCCACAGCACCUGAGCAUGUGUGAGGGGCUGGAGCUACCCUGGGACUGUAUACUGUUAAUGAUUUUAAUAUAUAUGGCUUACAACAUAUUCUAUAUUACUGAGAUUCCCCCCACCCCCCCUGCCGACACAUACACAUUUUUUUAACCCCACGGUCAGGCCACGGCCAAGGCUACUUGAGUACGAGGGCAGCUGUUUCCCUGUCCUCCAUCGUCCAGCCUCCUGCUGUCAGGACCUGCUCAAGCUGCCAGGGCUAGCGGAGGGGACAAUCAGAAUUCAAGGCUGGCACUCCGACUGCUGGCAGCCCAGGGGCCGAGACACCAGGUGGCUUUGCAGUUCCUCCUGGCCUUGAGUGGCACAGGAAGGAUCCGAACUUCCAUAGUGCCACUUGGCAGCCUCCCACUUGGGAAUUUUAAGCAGAGGUGACAUCUGGUUGCCGCCUCAGGUGAAAAUCUGGUUUUAAAAUGUAAUUUCUGCACAGGCUCCUUCCUGCUUAGGAGGCUGAGAAGAUGCCCUCGGGCGGGGGUACUGAUUACCUCAGUCAGGUGGAGGAUGGCUGGAGUGCGUGCCUGUCCAGGGCCAGGCCAGGAGGGAAGGCCAGGCAGGACUGCCCUAGCACCCUGCCACCCCUGCCCAGGGGUGGAUGCUGCCCAGCAGAGGGAGGCCCUCCGCCCUGUGUGGCCACCCUCUGGCCAGCCAAAGGCACUCAGAAACCAAGACCUUCCCAUUUCCUCCUCCCCACAUGGUGCUGAGGCUCCCUGCUGAAAUGCAAUUAAAGCAAUUGAUUUUCUAGUGCUGGUAUUUAUUGACUACCGUGCAGAAGGGCUAUCUUUCUAUUCACAUCAAACCUUUGGUUGCGUGGUUUUCUUGUUUUUUGUUUUUUUAAAAAAUACUUUAGGUCUCUGAUUUGUGGGAAUAGACCUUGUAAAUAACCACUAUUCAAGUUGUGGCAGGAGAUGACAAAGCAAGAGGCCCCUCCCAAAGGAACCCAAGAGCCAGGGGGGUGGCACAGCCAGCUCAGCCCUGAAUGUGACUCGGGGAAUGAGCAGAGGGUUCCGCUAGCCUGGAUGGGGGAGCUGGGGUCUGAAGACCUUGGGGAGGGAAGCAGAGCUGGCUGGCUCAGCUGGUGGCACGAUGACGCAUGAAGGAGGUUAUGUUGUGCUCUUUAUUGCCAAAAAUAAAAACUUUUAAAAAGACA